AUGAAUAAUUCAAAAUUUGAUGGAAACAUACCCGUAAAUACCGUGGAAAGUUUUCGUUCUAAACAAGAAAUUGAUAAUACGCUAAAUACAACACAGUAUUGCUUUCUGCAUGACGACUUCUUUCUGAUUAAAGUUACCCAAGCAUUGUUUGAAGAUUUCCAAGCGAAAUGCGUACAUUCAGAAACUAUUAACGAGUCUUUCGAUUUAGUUGCUUUAUUUUAUGAGAUAUGCAGUGAUGGAAUAGCUGCUUUUCAAAAAGUAUCAAUGAGACCGGAAAAAACGACAGCUUUAACAUCCGUUUUACAGCAACUUUUAAAUGAACAGCAUGCUUAUCUUUUGUUGUUAAAUCUUGCCAAGAUGAUUCGAAUGUUAAAUGAUUUCAAGAAUUUGGAGAAGCAAUCUAUUCUUGUUGAUCUAUUAAUCACUGAUGUGGAAUUUAGGAGGCUACUGGUACUUUUGGAAUGGUGUGAAGAAAAUGCUUAUAAUGAACCUGAAGCAAAUGCUGAAUUAUUGGACGAAUAUGCAUAUCUCGAAAGGAACUGUACACUACGAGCGGAAACAUUGCAUGCUCGAAUUCGUGGUGAAAACUUUUGUGACUUGGAUUUAGACGGCGCGCUUCAUGGACGUUUACACAAUAAAGAUGAAGAAUUAGAAAGCAGAGUAUUCAGCAUGAUUUAUACACUGGUGCGAUGUGGUCGAAUUGAUGAAGCAUUAUCAUUGUUAGAAAAAGCUGGUCUCUAUUCUUUAGUUCCUCUGCUACAACUGAGGAAAAUAUCGCGCAGUGCUGCUUUAACACCAUUUUCUGUAGAUGAAAGUUCUUAUUAUCUGGCUCGAUCUCGUUCGUUGCUUAAGCGGACUGUUGAUAAAAUCGUUUCUAAAGGCACAUCACUGUCACAGGUAGAAGCCUGUCUCUGGUCAGUGAUAGUUGGACGUCUCGAACCAGCCCUCUCUUUGUCAUCUCGUACCGAAGAUCGCCUUUGGUGUUAUCUUAAUGCUGCUGUUGAAUCACGUUUAGAUGCCGCAAUCACCAAUGUUCAUAAUGGAGAUUUUGAUGCUGGUAUUGGUCGUGAAGUUGAAAAAGACGAUCUUCGAAUUAAUUCUAUUUUCGAUGAAAUUGCUACGGCUGAACGAUCUCCGUAUUACACUAUAUAUCGACACAUGGUGAAUGAUGAUUCUUUAUCACUGAUUGCAUGUAUGGAUAUGUGGCUGGAACAGUAUGAGGAUGAUUUAGAAAAAUUUCCACAUAUUAUACGUUUUAUGGCUCAUCUUGUUUUACUUCUUCGAUUCACUGGUCAACCGGUACAGGAAGAAAGCGCUAACUCAAUCAUGCGUAGCUACGUUCGUUUAUUGAUUUCAUUGAAGUUAUACUCGAUUGUUCCAUAUUAUGCUAACAAAUUACCGUUAGAAAUGGCUGAAGAGAUGGUUGUUGAAUUUAUGUGUCAAUUAGAAGAGGAAAAUGUGCGAAAAGAUGUCCUUGCUGCUGCCAGUGCUGCAAAAAUGGAUAGUGUUCGUUUAUGCAAAAAGAUCUUUAAUUGUAUAAUUACUCGUUAUCCAGUAAUUGAAGAGGAAUCUAAGACAGAUGAUAUAUUAAUUAAUGCGUGGAAUUGGUUAAUAUAUCCAGGUAAUGAGACAUAUUAUGAUGCUAUGUUGGGCAUGAACAAAAUAAUGCGCGAAUUUUUUUAUGUUGACAAAUUGGACAAAGCAAAGAAACUUUUGCAACGAUCAAAAAAAUGGGUUGACAAAAUAGUGGACUCAUUUCGUCCUGUUAUUGAGACUAGUGAUACAGUUGAGCCGAAACUUUUAAGAGCAAUCACUGAAUACAAAGCGUAUAAAUGCUACUUGAAUGCUUUGAUGAAAUUCAAUGAAUGGUUCAAGCAAUCGCAGCGUUCAGUACCCUCAAUUAUGGAGAAUUCGACAGAUGACGUUGGAACAUUAAUGGAUAUGCAACAGAAGAUAACAUUUGAAGUGAUACUUCAACGAGCAAAUGAAAAAAUGCAAAGAUAUGAAAAUGCCUCUAAACACAGCACUACUGAAGCUGUAGGAGCACUCGAUCUUGUGCUACGUUUUCCAAAUGGUUGGAUGACAUUUAAGAAAGUGAAGAGUGAAAGAUUAAAUGAGGAAGAAGUCAAAAAACUUACGGAAAUAAAGUCUCGUUAUAUAACUGCAGUUAUCAUUAUGCUAGUUACUAUAUUUGAAAAAAGUGAUAUAAAUCGAUCGGCACAGCUGGUCGAAUUGCUGGCUGAUGAGGAGUAUAAAUUAGCAGAUAUCAUAUCAAAGGAGCAAUUAAGAAUACUCAUAAAACAGCUUUCAGUUAAUGCUUACAAGAGCUUAUGA